ACGAGGUCCAGAAAACUUUUAACAUGUCGAAAACUAGCACGGUACCCGGCUUAGCUUACCUGCCAGCGAGAAAUAUGACGGCAGCAACCGCGGCGGGUUUUCUCGAGGCUAGGAGAAAAAUCGACGGUGCGGAAGGAUUGUGGAGAAUCGGAAAUAAGCUUUACGAUUUGGAAACCUUCGCGAAAUCGCAUCCAGGUGGAGCUGAAUGGAUUCGGCUCACGAAAGGGACCGAUAUCACCGAAUUAUUCGAGAGUCACCACAUCACUGACAAAGCCGAACGACUGCUGCCAAAAUUCUACGUCCGUGAAGCCACGUGUCCGCGAUCGGUGCCCCUGACCUUUCUCCCGGACGGCUUCUAUCGCACAUUCAAGAGACGAGCGGCCGAGGCUUUGAAAAACGUCAAUUUCCAUAAACCGUCCACGACGACGAAUCUCAUCACCGAUUCCUUGGCGACCGCGACUUUCGCGCUGAGUCUCACGGCCGCUCUCGUCAACUCUUACGCCAUUACCGUCCUAGCCAGUGAGCAUUCGUGAAGUUAUUUAUAAUUAAGA